GUUGUUCUAUCGCUAUGCCAUCCCGUACAACCAGCGGCCGACGACCUCCGUGGAAGCAAGGAGGUUUCAGCUCAGGUAUUGGCAUGAGCUGGCAGAGAUGGGCAAGUGGACCUGUAUCAUCGGCAGCUUCCUGGGCUUCAGUGCUGUCGUGUCCAUGUGCAUGCUCACGCCACAGCCACGUGCUGCUGCGGCCUUCCAAGCCUUCUGGUUCAGCUUGAUGGCCACCCACUGGGUGUUUCCACUCCUGCGCGGGGGACUGUGUGCCCUCAUCCUCACUGUUGCGCGGACGAAGGCGACAUUUGAUGGCUGGCUGACAGUCUGGCCGGGCCUGAUGAACUUUGAGUAUGUGGGCAUCAAGACCACUGAGUUCAUGGUCUGGCGCGCACAACGAAUCGCCGCCGAAGAGGAGCUCUUGUUGCAGGUCUUUCCAGACUUACCCAACAUCGGCCGCAAGAUUCGAGACCCGAUGGAAGAGGAGGAGUUGGGCGGCGCACAGGAUCCCAACCAGUACGUCGCGAGCAUGGCAUUGGAGGAUCGUCGGUGA